AUGGGUUCUGUAGAAGAGAAGUUCGUGUCGGAGCUUACAGAUCAAGGUGUCCCUACAGCUGAAGUGUUGGAGGAUGUCGCAGCUUUCUUGAAAACAGAAGGAGAUAUAGGCGUAGAAGAGGGCAUCCGACGUCUGGAAGCAGUUUACAGGAAGUAUAAACAGGUUGAGCAACAACUAAUUGAACAAAAGCUGAGAUUGGCAUCAAAGCUGCCCGACCUGAAAAAAUCAGUAGAAGUUGUUGAUCAUUUAGAAGCGAGUUCGGGCAAAAAUGAGACCUUGGAGAUAACACAUUUACUGAGCGACCAUGUUUAUCAGCGAGUGAAAACUGAAUCUUUUGAUAAGGUGCUUCUCUGGCUCGGUUCUAAUGUUAUGGUAGAAUUCACUUUAGCUGAAGCGCGAAAAAUAUUAGAAGAUAAUUACAAAACUGCUAAAGAUGGGGUGGACAAAUACGAACGAGAGUUAUCAUUUCUCAAAGAUCAAAUAACAACAACAGAAGUGAACAUAGCCCAUGUUUAUAACUACGGAAUUCGACUGAAAGCAGUACGAAGUUCUUACUAUCACUUUGCAUAUUUUGCUAAUUAG